AUGACGGUACUCCACAACAAGGUGAAACUUUUAAGGCAGGUCGACGACACCUUCGCCGUCUUCCACACCCACGCCAUAGCCGGAGCCCUAGGCGGCAUCCUCACCGGCUUCUUCGCCGUGCCUAAGCUCAGCCGCCUCUUCUACUUAGUGCCUGACUGGGAGAAGUACAUUGGCUUGACCUAUGGACUCCAGACAGGCAGGACCUCCGCCGGACUCCGGCAAAUGGGGGCCCAGCUGGCCGGAGCUGCAUUCAUCAUAUGUCUCAACAUUGUCACUACAAGCUUGAUCUGUUUGGUCAUAAGGUUAGUUGUUCCACUUAGAUUGGGAGAGGAAGAGUUGCAGGUUGGUGAUGAAGCUGUGCAUGGAGAGGUGGCUUAUGCAUUGUGGGAUGGUGGGGAGAGAUUUGAGAAGUCCAAGCUGAAUUCUAUGUAUGAUGCUGAUGAUGAUGAGUAUCCUUUGUAA